AUGUUAUUUUUAUGCUUUAAAUCUAUCAGAUUACAAAUUAAGGACCCAAAUUCUCUGUUGAGAAAAUAUAUGUUUAUAGAUAAUUUAGAUGAAUUUUCUAGUCAAGAAUUUGAUAUUGAUAAAUUAGAAUCAAACUAUUUUUUAUUUAACCCAGAAAAAGUUUCUUUAAUAACUUUUAAACCAAUGAUUAAAAUGGUUAAUACAACAAAAUUAGAAUUAAAGCCACUAUUAGAACAAAUACCUAUGACUGAUCUUGGAGGUUUCUAUAGUGCUUUAGCAGGCAAACAAAGUUUUACAAGAAAAUUCGCAGAAAGAUAUGUUACAUAUGUCGGCCUUCCAUUAGUUGAGAAAAUUGAACUUAAAGAAGAAAACAAUAAGACAACUUUGAAAGAUGAAGUUCAAAUUUUAGAGAAAUUGAAAUAUUUAAUGAUUAGAGUUCAAAUGUUAGAAGUCUUAUUAAAGUUUACUAUUUAG